AGCUUCACUUUACAGUCAAUGAUGUUAUUGUUGUUGAUUAUAGGUUGUUAUGAUGUGUCUAGGUCAGAAAGUAUGGUUGAUAAACAUUGUAAACAAAAAGACUUUUGCUUUGCCUUUUGUAUUGGGACAGGCUACUUUCUUGUUUCUGUGACUUGCUAGUUUACUACAACAACUACAUGCAGUUUUACUGAUUAUUAAUCACAUUUCAUUGUAAGAGUUGAUGUAUUUUUUUUUUUUUACACUUUUUUAAAAUGCAUGUAACAUGUUAGGACAGGAAGUUGUCAAAGAAAAACAUGUGGUUGUUCCAGUUCAGCAGGGUUGCCAAGUCCACGGGACACUUUUAAACGGCUGCAGUUUAACGGUUGGUCUAGGCACACAAAUUAGUUUUGGAUGUAAGGAUUUCGGACCAGCACACUGUCCAUUUUCUACAAGUCAAAUCAGGUAACUAGGAUACAAGAAAAGACGAGCCAACUGUAGCUAUGAUUGCGACACAGUGAACUGACAGGUGUAACAGUGAACGAGCUGAACAAAUCAAGGAAACUAAAUAUUUUAAAGCUACCUUCUAAAACUUGUCCCGCCUCAGUUGAUAUGGCAUGCUGUAGAUUUAUUAAAGGAAUAUUCUGGGUUCAAUACAAAUUAAGCUCAAUCGACAACAUUUGUGGAGUAAUAUUUCUUUAAUUUAUUUUUUAAAAAGAGCACAAAUCUGUGUUCCAGUGAGGCAUUUACAAUGGAAGUCAACGGGACAAAUGUGUAAAGGUUAACAACUCACCGUUUCAAAAGUAUAGCCACAAGACGGAAACAAUAUGUGUGUAUACGUGACCAGUGUUGGGUAAAUUACUCUAAAAAAGUAAUUCAGUACUAACAACAAAUUACAUCUUGUAUGGUGUAAUUAGAUUACUGUACUGUAAAGUAAUCACAUUACUUAUUACUCAUUACUUUCUAAAACCCGAUCUCGACCAGUUGAAAAACACAAGGAUAGACAUAAAACUGCUCUUUUAAUUAUUUCACAUAAAUUAUUCAUGAGCUGGCCAAAGAAUUAAAGGGGCGGCGUUAAAUAAGAAAACAUGUAUUUUAACUUUAGACGUUACAUUUUGAUUUUAAAUUCACUAUUGUGUUAUAUAGGACUGAUCUAUAGCCUGUACAGUAUUUAACACAAGUACAUUACACCCAACACUGAACGUGAUUGUAGUGUGAUGAAAUCGUUUAUUAACCGUUUCUGUGUAAAGUUAUUGCCAUGACACAACGCUGUAAACACUAAAACAACCCUAAAAACUACCAUUUAAACAACUUUACAGCUCACGUGAACUCCUAAGCUUCACAAUACUGCCUAUAUUCACUCCAAUUAUUGACACUACUGUAGGUGCCUCCAUAUAACGCGAUUUUUACUUUUUUUUAAGAAAAUGUAGGACGAGUCGAAAUUAAUUUGUGUGGUAAUCAAUAUGCCACAAAUGCUGUCGAUUGAGUUUAACUUGUAUUGAACCUGUAAUAUUGCUUUUAUUUUGCAAUGCAUCAAUAGUGACGCUGAUGUCAUGUAGGUUAUUUAGACUCUGUGUUUCUGCAAAUGUUUAAUGUCGCUACCUAAAACAGAGUCUAUAAACUAGAGAAAAUGCACAAUUCGGAUUCUCACAUCUAAGUUUGGCAUGUUUUGAGGUUUUGCGUGGGACAGAUCUGGCAACCCCAGAUGAUGGGCAGCGUAUCCUAGAAAGCCGACACCACACGACAUGUUGUUUUGAUGAAAUAAUGCACACUAAUUUACACGAUUCCUCUUCUGUUUUGUUCCUAAAACAUGAACAGGAUCCAACUGAAAUGAUCCAGGAUAUUAAGGAUGGCCUUCACAGACUCCAUGCACCCGGAGGACAAAGACGAGUCAUUCGCUCUGAAAGCGGUGAAAAUCGCGUCCGUCGUCGCUCUCUACUGGUUUAUCUCCAUCACAAUGGUUUUCCUGAAUAACUAUCUGUUGGACAGCAAGGACCUGGACGCGCCGGUCUUCAUCACAUUCUUCCAGUGUGUCGUCACCGUUGGACUGUGUUUGCUCAUGAACGUGUUCGCAAUCCUUUGGCCGGGAUACGUGAAUUUCCCGUCUUUGAAACUGGACCUGAAAGUGUCCAGAGAGCUGUUGCCGUUGUCGGUGGUGUUCAUAGGCAUGAUCACGUUUAACAACCUGUGCCUCAAACACGUGGGAGUCGCAUUCUACACUGUCGGCCGCUCGCUCUCCACCGUAUUUAACGUCAUUCUGUCGUACGCUGUUUUAAAGCAGACGACGUCAUUUUACGCGGUGCUGUGUUGCGGAGUCAUUCUGGGUGGAUUCUGGCUCGGUGUGGAUCAAGAAGGUGUGGCGGGUUCCCUUUCUUGGACAGGCGUCAUUUUUGGCGUCCUUGCCAGUCUUUGCGUCUCUCUCAAUGCCAUCUACACCAAGAAAGUGUUGCCAGCGGUGGAUGGAAAUAUCUGGAAACUUUCCUACUACAACAACCUCAAUGCCAGUGUGCUUUUUAUACCCCUUAUUGUCCUAUCAGGGGAACUGGGAAACUUGUUUAAGUUUAGCAGACUGACAGAUUUAAAUUUUUGGGGCAUGAUGACUCUGGGUGGAGUGUUCGGCUUUGCCAUCGGUUAUGUCACGGGACUUCAGAUAAAGUUCACCAGUCCAUUGACGCACAAUGUGUCUGGCACAGCCAAAUCCUGCGUACAGACUGUGUUGGCAGUAAUGUACUCUGGCUCCAGUAAGAGUGUGCUGUGGUGGACAAGCAAUAUGAUGGUGCUGGGGGGCUCUUCUGCCUACACCUGGGUCAAAGGGCUUGAGAUGAAGAAAGUUCAGGUGCCUCCGGAAACACAAAGCACAGCCACUCAGAAAAUUAAAGAAGUCUUGGGGGUAUAGAACAUUUCUUAAGGGUUUAAAUAUACCAGAGGGAUACCUUUUGUGACAGGAUCUCUUUGUUUAGCACAUCUACUUUAUAUUUAAUGGCCAUUUGAUCAUUUGAUGUAUAUAAAUGAUUUUGCAGUGUAAAUGGAAAAUAUUCAAAGGAUUAAAUCAACCUGUUUAACAAACCUGUCGUA